AUACAUAAAUUUAUUUAUAACAAAUAAUGAUUAAAUGUCUGUAUUUUACCUGGAUUUUGGUCUUUAAAAUCGAUUUAUGAUAUUUGUACACCGGUAAAGAAACUGCUGAUGCAGAAAUUGUGAUGUACUUAAAUAGUCCAUACCAAAUUAUAACCAGUUAUUAACCCUGAUAUCUUAGGAAGAGAUACAACACAUUUGGUGUUUCAGAGAUCUUUACUUGCGAAACAUGUCGGAAAAGUUACGACCAAGACUUGAAUUGGAACAGGCAUUCAAUAUUAUUGCCAAGCAAUUUGAAUUUAAAGAUGCCCAUUUAGAGUUGAUGUCUGACGAAAGGCAAUCAGCCUUACUAACCUUCAUCAAAGAGCAUUUCCAUCCUGAUGAACCACUAAUACGAAGUAUCGGUUAUACUCCAGACGAAGAAUAUGAUCAACUAGUCACAUUGUUUCACAAAGAUAAUCUGUCUCUCGUGCUUAUUUCUGAUAAAACCAAUGAGAUUAUUGCAUGCAGAACAAUAGGUUUGGCACAUAGAGAUGAACCAAUGGAUCCUUCCGAACUAGAAAAUGAAAAACUUGUAACACUCUAUAAGUUUUUUUACCAUAAAAACGAAGAAAUGAACGUUUACAAGCGUUUCAACAUAGAAACAUCUAUAGAUUUCUUUGUUUUAGGGACGCACAGAGACCAUAGAAAACAAGGGAUUGCUUCCAAAAUUUUCCAAGCUGCAAUGUUGUUUGUAAAAGAGCUUGGACUGAAACCAGCAUAUAUCCAUGGUGACGCAACAGGUGUUUAUUCUCAAAGGAUAUUUGAGAAAUCAGGAUUUGAGACUUUGCACACUUUUAAAUACGACGAGUAUAAAGUUGACGGUGAAAUCGUGUUUAAAGAUACUGGUAUUCAUAAAUCAACUAAAGUGUUUGUGAAACAAUUGUAAAAAAAAAAAAGCUACGUAAAUUACUAAUAAAAUACCAAUAAAAGCAAUGCAAAAUAAUAACAAAUAAACGCUACGAAAAUGGUAGUUUUAAUAAUGACUAACUAAAGUAUAGUGUUUCAAUCAUUGAAAUCUUCAAAGUGAAGUCAGCAUGGAUAUAAUUAAGUAUUUGAUUUAAAACAGAGGGGAAAUUGGGGAUGGCAAGACGUCAUGGUACGUUUCAAUUCCUUAAGUGACUAUUUACUGUUAUGUGACGAUAUCAAAAAUAAUAACGUUAUGCAUUAAUAGUCAUCGUUGAGUGAUUGAAUGGUGGCGUUAAAUUUCACUUCCAGUACUCUUCAUUAUAUCGUGUUGGUAAGAUUUUAUUGGAUUGUAGAACCACUAAAAUUUUGUAGGAAAACAGUCGACGUCUGGACUCACUGCCUCGGUAUGGAAAGGCUUGGGAUUACAAUAGAUCAUUCUACUUGUUAAUUUGUAUUAUUAAAUUUAAAAUCUCAAUA